AUGCAGGCGAGGUGGGGCGAGGUGGCUGGAGAAGCAGACCUCGACCUCCUCGGGCGACGCUGCGAAGCGCUGCGAUCGUCGAAGCCCGGAAGAAGCACGCCUAGCACUUACGAUACUCCACCGCUCGCGCCUCGAGGCCCUCGGGGGCUGCGCAGGACGCGUGGCGAGUCGAGCAGCGGCACGGCGCGGGAUGGGAUGGCGUGGAAGAGAGCGGGGGAGGGCCCCGGUCCAGCACUUCCUUUCCUCCGUAUACAUACAAUGAGUUAUCGGAGAGCGCGUUUGCACACACACGGCGUACGUGGAGAAGACGCAGAGGCGCUGUGGGUGCUCUUCGUAACCCCGCGCCGAGUAAGGAGUGUGUCAUGCGCGUGGGGACGACUGGCAGCUCAGCAGUACGCAGACGGCGAGGCCGCGGCGAACGAGGAGGCGCUGCGUGCGAGUGGACGGAGUCCGAACAGCGUCCGCGUCUGCGGCCGUAAAUACGACGACGAUGGCGGCGGCGGCCAAGGACCAUCGUCGAACAUCAAAAUCGAGAUAUCAAGAGAUGCACCAGAGAUGGGAGCGUCCGUGCCUCGCGGGCGCUGGCACCGGUGCAUAGACCCAGGAAGACCAAGUCCGAGCCCAAAUCGAAGGCGCCCAUCAGAAGCCGCGCAGGCCAGAGGAGCGCGGGCAGCUGGGACCGGACAGACAAUAGGGGCGCGCGCACGCGCCCGUGAUAAUGGCUUCGCGUUUGUGCUUCGCGCUUCGGACACGGGUGCUGUGCUCGGUGAAUUCGCGGCCUGGGAAGGAAGGGAGAGGCCAAGGCACUUUACUCAGCAGGUUAGAUUGGUGAAAAAUGCAGGGGAGCUGGCCAAGGCUGGCCACUGGCUUGCCGCACAGAUCAAGCCAGGCUGUCUCAUCAGACAGGCUAUGACGCUCGUCGGGAUCCGAUUCAAACUCGAGAAGCAGAAGAGGCAGAAGAAACGCAAGGUGGCAGGAACUGAAGCCUGGAGGCUUUGGGGUACUCGGGGAUUCCACGCCUUCGGACGUGUGGGGAGCAUCGCGCGCAGGAGCGCGUCGCGUCUUCGGAGAGAGCGGACGAAUAAGGAGCUCACACGACCAGGGACACGCCAUCCGGUGUUCUACCCUUCCGAGCGAACAGAACACUCGACACUACAGUUCAAAAAUACUAAACUGAAGGCGAAAGUUCGGGGCGCCUCGCCCGCGGCCACGGAAAGUGAUUCAUAUUCGGAAUUGGUUGACAGAGGAUUGACUAUAACCCAUUUCAUCAGGGCCGUAGACGACUCGAAAAACAUGUGCGCAGAGCAGUAUGGCAUGACAGGCCGCCGUGCGCGGAGACGAUAUUCAGGGAUGAGUAGCCCCACUGCUGCCAACGGAUCAUCCGGGCCUGUAGCGUUAAGCCCGCAAGGCGCGAGGCAAAGGCCCGCAAACAAGGAAAAGUGCCGAUGGUGGACGCACAGCGGGACCGAGUCUUGCUGCCAGUCUACGGACUGGGACUCCGAAAACCUGCUCAAGAAUAGGGGCAAAGAAGUCCUGGUGAGUCGAAAGAUGGCCUUGAAGGCUACGAUUGGGAUUGUACUGACCAACUCGAUGAGGGCGUUCCCCGAUGUGGCUACUGGCCAACUUGAAGAGGGCGUGUUAUCCAAUGUGGCUAUUUCGAGUUGUGAUGUGGCCACAUCAUAUUUUGGACGCACAUUGCCAAGAGUUUUCUGCGCAGCGCGUGGGUGUCGAUGA